AUGGCCUCGAAGACCGCCACCAAGCGCCUGACCAAGGAGUACGCCCUGAUGAAAAAGUCGCCGCCGGAUUUCAUCACAGCCAAGCCUCUGGAAAAGAACAUCCUCGAGUGGCACUACAUCAUCACCGGGCCGCCGGACACGCCGUACGAUGGCGGCGAGUACCACGGUCGUUUGAUUUUCCCGGCAGACUACCCGUUUGCGCCGCCGUCCAUCCAGAUGAUCACGCCCAGCGGCCGCUUCGUCCCCUCGGCCAAUAUCUGCACAUCCAUGAGCAACUACCACCCGAACACGUGGAAUCCCGGGUGGUCCGUCGCUACUAUCAUCACUGGCCUGCUGUCCAUGAUGACCGGCGACGAGCACACCACUGGUGCGACGACCGGCGUUACUGAUUACGAGAAGAGGGAAUUUGCUGCAAAAUCAAAGGAAUUUAAUCUCGCUAAUUCUGUGUUCAAGAACGCCUUUGGCUGCUGA